AGCAAGGGCUCUGAAAGUACCGCUCGUAACACAGCGUAUGAUUUUCGUGUAUAAAUUAGUUCAAUUCAGACUUCAAUUUGACGCAUGCUUCACUGUGAAACCUUUGAUUGACAAUCGUGUUUAUCAAAUAUUCACUCCGGGCGAUCUAAUAGAGGUCAAAUUUUCUCUUGUAGAUCUAACCAAUCAAACCCUUCGCUUUGAAAAAAAAAAUUAAAUCCAGAAAUUCUCAGUGGUAUCGCUUCGAUUUAAAGACAUGAGUAAUGUUGAAACACAUCUGAUGGAUGAGAAUUUUGAAGCAGUUCUUGGCGGUUUGGAUAAGCUCGAUAUCAGAGCUACCAACUACGAUGACUUUAAAAGCCAAUCCGAUGACAUUCUUCGUGUUUUCCUAACCAGCCACAAGUCGGUGGAUGAUUCUCAAAUCGAAAUUGCUCUUAAAUGUCUCAAGCUUCUGAAGCAAUCCUGUGCCUUAGGACAAUCCUUCCAAGAUGAGAUUAUGUCGAAGGAAAAUCUGCUGGGUAAACUAAAGUCAAUACUGCAUGAUGAAUCUAUAGGAGAAAACAUUCGAAUAAGCUGUCUUCAGUUAGCAGCAAACUUGUGUGUUCAGAACAAAUCUAACCAAGAGGCGGUUUUGAAUGAGCUAAAACAAUUUCUUGUAGAAAAUAUUGAAAGCAAUUCUAAUUUUGCGAAUGCAUCCACAAUGCUAGUUUACAAUGCAUUUAUAUCCAAAGCAGAUGCAAGUCUGGAUGCACAACAUUUGUUGGAAAUAUUGUUGACCAACUUGGAAACCGUUCGGCUAGCUCAAAAGGAUCCACCAGAGUUUGUUGGUAUUUUUAUGGAGUAUUUGACGUGUAAAACUGCUGAGCUUAUCAACGGCUACGAAAAGAUCAAUGCUGAACAACGGAUUCAAUUUUUACGCUAUUUGACGGAAUACAUUCGCUUCGAUGACCGCCGAAAUCCUCCGAUAAACAAAGAACUGUUCCAUUAUUUGAUGCUAGAUUUUAACAAGAAGUGUGAUUUAUUACUUAAGUUAGAUGACAAAAGCAUUGAUCUGGACAACUCAGAAGAACUUUUUACAUUGUUAAUGCUGCUUUCGGAUGCGACCUGUCUAUAUCCGUAUAACCAGUUUUUGCAGCUAUACAAAACAGUUUUCCUGAAUAUAGGUUAUCUUUUGCGUCAACUGCACGAGCUGGGACAAAGCGAAAACAGCAACAUGUUUACGCCUGUCCAGAAUAUAGAGGAGAUUCUUAAGGUUAAACAAGGAAGCAGUUCAAUCAAAAUCGAAGAGGACAUUUCCUUCUCUCUGAAGUCAUCGCUGGUAAAAGCGCUUGCGAAUCUGCUCUAUCAGAAUAAAAACAACCAAGAUCUGGCACGAGAAACUGGAUUUAUUAAAGUUAUUCUCGAAUGCACCAAUUUGGAUGCGAGAAAUCCUCUUAUCAAAGAAUGGACUAUUCUGGCCAUUCGCAAUCUUUGUGAGAAUAAUCUAGAAAAUCAAAAGUUUAUUGCCUCUCUAUCGAAAGUCGGAGAAGCAGAGAACACGCUUCUUACUGAAUACACAGCAGAGGGAGGAACAAUUCGUAUAACACCCAGACCUUCUUCGUCGUUUCGCAAGUAGAUACAAAAUAGUGUGUUCGUUGCAUUUUUUAUUUUUAAAGCUAGAAUACUGCCUGGACUAGAAGUUACGAGAACAAUUUGCUUGGAAAUUGUUCAUAAAACAGCGUUGGAUUUGGUUUACUUAUUAUUUUUCGUUCAAAUCUGAAACGAAUGAUUUCGUUAUAAUAAAACAGUCAAUUACCUUUAAA